AUAAUGAUUGAGUUAUUUUUGUCUGCGAGGCAAUGGAUAAGAAAAACUAAACCGAAGCAACGACUUUGAAGAGUCAGUCAAUGGGAAGGAACUAAGAAAUCUCUCAUAAAUAAUAGAGAGAAGAAGAGAAAAGAUUCAUCACCACCAAAAAAUCAUCAAAGAAGUAAAGAAGAAGAACCUCUGCAUCGAUGGCGAUUUCCAAGCUCCAUCUUCUCUUUCUUCUCUCAGUCUUUCUCUCCCUUCAUCGUCCUGUUCUUUCCAACACCGAUGGAGAAAAACUUCUUUUUACAGUAUUCAACCAAUACAGAACAUCAGUAAACCUCAGAACCUUAACAGAGAACAAAAACGCAGAAUGUCUAGCAGAAGAAAUCGCAGACCAAUUAAAGAACCAACCCUGCACAAACACCACUGGCUCAGCUUCAGUCCCUGGAACAGAUCCUGGAAUCCCAAAUUUCCCUAACCUCCUCGCUAAGUGCCGCCUCAACACAAACGUAACCAGAGACGGUUCGAUAAUGCAAGUUUGUGCUCCUAAGCAUGAUACGACCCCUGACUUGAGCAGUUUCGGCGUUGUCUUACUUAAGAACUUGAAUGAGUCUAAGUUCACUGGAGUUGGUAUUGGUUCUGAUGAUAUUUGGCUUGUUGUCGUCCUCACUACAAACACACCAGCGGGUAGCUAUUCUCUGGCCACUAACUCAGGAGCUUUGUCAUUCGGAGUUAAUGGCCUUGUUUCUUCAAUCUUUCUCUCCUUUCAUCGUCUUGUUCUUUCCGACACCGCCGAUGAAGAAGAUGUUCUUCGUACAGGCAUCAACAAUUACAGAGCAGGACUAAACCUAACAACCUUAAUACAUAACGAAAACGCAGAAUGUCUUGCAGACGAAAUCGCAGACCAAUUCAAAAACCAACCUUGCACAAACACCACUGGCUCAUUCUCAGUUCCUGGAACCCAACCUGGAUUCCCAAACUUACCUAAGCUCCUCUCUAAAUGCCGCCUCAACCCUACCGUAACUAGAGACGGUGCGAUUUUGCCAGCUUGUGUUCCCAACCUUGAUCCAAGUCUUGUCUUGACCAAUUUCACACUGUCUCAGUACUCCAAAGACCUGAAUGAUUCUAAGUUCACUGGAAUUGGUAUUGGUUCUGAUGAUAACUGGAUUGUUGUCGUUCUCACUACUAGCACACCGGAGGGUAGCUAUUCUCCGGCCUCUAACUCGGGAGCUUUCUCGUUCGGAGUUAAUGGCCUUGUUUCUUCGAGUUUGAUGUUUCUUCUCUUUUGUUUCUUCAUGUUUUGAGUCCCAUUUUUGGGUUUUUUUUUUCCAUAUUUAAACGAGCUCAUUGUCUUUGUUUCUUAUUAUGUUGUUAUUAUGUGGUGAUUUGUAUGAAUUCAUAAGGCAUUAAAGAGAAGAUUAAUAU